AUGGCUGAUCAUCCUGAAACUCUGGCCACCACUUCUCAGUCCGUCCAACUUCAGAUGUAUCAUCGUUACAAACACCAACGGGCUACCAAACACCUUAUUGAUCUGUAUGAAGCGCUUGAAACGGACUAUUUAGAUCUGGAAGAGCAAGUCAAGAAGUCAGAGCUAGCUAUUUCCCACAUUGAAGGCAUUAAUUCCCGGAUCAAGGAGUGUAACCGUGAGCAAAACCUACCGCAUACCUUAGGGGUAAUUGACUAUGGAGCAUUCUUAUACGGCUGGGAGCAGAAAAAAGAUCGGGCCCUUAUUAGAUCAGAUCUGACAGAAUUCUGCAAGAGAAAACAAUAUAUGAAAGGAUGGAGCUGCAUUCCCCCCAGUCAUAAUUACGAAUAUUUUCCGCCGACAAAAGACCACGGCGCGGGAAGAUGGGAUGUUUUGACACAUUGGCUCAGUCUUAUUUGGAGCCUGCUCAAGCAGCCCUCCCAACUGGAGUUGGUUGACGACCUUGAGAGCAAGCUGCAAUGCUAUGUUAGUGACGCCGAACCUAUAACAGAUGAGCCCACUUGCUAUUUUGAUGCCUUAAGUGUGCUUAUCUCCUUGCAUGAGAUGAAUCGGCUUCUCGUCGAGCAUAGUGUCGCCCGUACACCAAAUGAAAUAGCUGAUAAUUAUGAGAGAGAAAGGGAGCAACUGCGUCGCAUGUGUGAGCUUCAAGGAAUCCAGCGUGAUUGGGUGCCUGCAGACAUUACAGUUGAACGGGACAUAUAG